AUGAUGAAGUGGCCUUGUUGCGCCCCCGCCGCGGCCGCGGGCCCGAGCACGAUGUCCGACACCGCCGCCGGUCGACACCGGCCACGACACGGCUGCCUUAAGAGCGAAAACACCUGUCGUCGACGAAGACAGCCCGGGGGGGGCCGCGGCUGUGACCCAGAGGGGGGUGAUGCCUCCGCCGGUGCCCCGGCGAUGGGGUGGUGGCAGGAGGGCCGGAGACAUCAUGGCAUGGCGAAGGUGGCCGUGGCGUUGGGGGUAGUGCUGGCGGCGGGGUGCUGCGCACCGGCGGCGAGGGCAGCGUCGGCAGGGGCGUCCCACUCGUGCACCGUGCUCGUCGGGGGAACGAUCAAGUGCUGGGGGGAGAACUUCUGGGGCCAGCUGGGGCAGAACGACAACCUCGUCAGGGGCAAGAACGCCUCCGACAUGGGCGACAACCUGCCCUACGUCCAGCUGGGCAUCUUCGAGGCCGACAUGGUGGCCUCCGGCAGCGAGUUCAACUGCGCGCGCUCCGUCGACCGGGAGGUCAAGUGCUGGGGCCGGAACAGCGCCGGGCAGCUGGGAUUGGGGGACAACGAGACCCGGGGCGGGGUGAACAACGUCUUCGAGAUGGGCAACGAGCUCCCAGUUGUGGACCUGGGCGCCGGGGUGAUGGUGGAAACCAUCGGACUCGCGGGGUCCCACGCCUGCGCCGUGACGCUGAGCGGGCUCGUCAAGUGCUGGGGGGAGAACGAGGGAGGUCAGCUCGGGCUCGAGGACAAGCUGGCCAGGGGAAACCUGACGGGCCAGAUGGGGGACAACCUGCCCUACGUUGACCUGGGGACCGGGGUCUUGGCCUCGUCGGUGGCGCUGGGAGCGAGGCACACGUGCGCGGUUGUCGAUGACGGCGGCGUCAAGUGCUGGGGGAACAACGACGGGGGCCAGCUGGGGUAUGGAGACACGUCCGCUAGGGGCACUGCUGCCGGCGAGAUGGGGGAUGAUCUUCCGUUCGUGGACCUUGGUCGCGACCAGAAGGUGGUUGCGGUUGCGGCGGGAUUCUUCCACACGUGCGCGCUGCUGUAUACCGGCGACGUGAAGUGCUGGGGUUUUGGGUCGAACGGUCAGCUUGGUCAGGGCACCAACGAGUCCAUCGGGAACUCGGCGGGUACCAUGGGAGACAACCUCCCGCCUAUCGACCUCGGCACCGGGAGCACGGCCAUCGCUAUGUCCCUGGGAGGGACGCAUUCAUGCGCAGUGCUGGACGACCACACGGUCAAGUGCUGGGGCGGCAACAGCGUCGGUUCGCUGGGCCUUGGCGACAUCCUCAACCGCGGCACGGCACCGGGCGAGAUGGGAGACAACCUCCCGGAUGUAGACCUGGACUUCGGCACAGGAGCCGGAUCGGUGUCCAACGUCUUCGCCGGUAGGUUCCACACUUGCGUGUCCGGCACCGAGGGCGGGCUGGUCUGCUUCGGGCUUAACACCGGGGGUCAGCUCGGGGCCGGCACCGACGAGAGUAGUAUCGGCGAUGAACCCGGCGAGGUUGCCGCGCUUUCGUCCAUCAGCCUGGGGACGGACGAAGUGGCGGCGGUCGUUGCGGCCCCCGGGGAAGGGUUAGCCUUGCAGACGAUUUCGCCGACUCCGGCGCCCACCGCAGAGAGAUUGACAACUCCGCCGGUGAUUAUGACGAGGUCACCUGUCGAGCAAACGGACGCACCGUAUGGGGCGGGACACGAUUCGGGCCCGGCGGACUUGGAAGGCAACGGCGAUAGCGGCGAUGGAGGAGACGCUGGUACAACCGCUGCCAUCGCCACGGCCGCCAUCCUUAUCCCUGGCUUCGCUCUCUUCGGCCUCUUCUGCUGCUACCGCCGCCGCAAGCGGAAAGAGGGAGAGUUGAAACGGCCAUCGGCCGCCGUGAGCGCGGGUCCAGGCGGCGGGUCUGGGCGGGAAUUCGGACGAGAGGACUCGUUCACCUCCUCAGAAAACAACGUGGAAGCCAAUGGCGAAGGGCCCACAGAGACGCUCGCGAACAAGCCCCUCGUGAAACCCCACGCGCUGCAGUCCACGGCGCCGAUGACGGACGGACGGCAAGCAGGCGGCGAGGCCGCCGCCACCGCCGGCACCCUUGGAGACUCCACCGAGGGCCUGCUGAGACCGCCUACCGCGGCGACGGCCAUGGCCGUCGGAGCCGCGAUAGCGGCCGGUACCGCCGCCGCCGCAGGAACCGCAGGCGGCGACGAUGACGAGUCUUCUAGGUCAGACCUCGAAAAUCCAGGCAGGCUUAGGAGGACCGGGUCGAACUCGUCGAUCAGCACCCUUGGGUCAACGUCGACGGCAUCGUCCACGUGGCCGAACGACGGCUUCGUUACCCCGGCGCGGAAUAACAUCCCGCGGGGGGCCGGCGGCGGGCGGUACGGGUUGGGCGGGAUCGGGGGUAAGGGGGGGGAGGGGCUGCCGCCCGGGUACAAGACGCCCGGGAACCUGUCCGCUGCCACGCCCAACAGGGAGAUGACGAUCCCGGAGACGCCGUCGCCGCGGUCGGUGUCCAGCUCCGUCCACGGAACGCCUGCGCCACCCGGCAUGAGGCUCGCGCAGUUCGCAAGGGUGGGCGGGGGCGGGGGCGACACGAGCCUGUACGGCCUCCCCGAGAUGGAAAUCGGCCGGUCCACGAGCAACGUCUAUGACAGCAGCCCUUCCGGGAGCAGCUGGCCGGUGGGCAGCAAGGGCGGUGCUCCCUUGACCGCGGCCUCUAUCGCCGCCGCUGCCGCCGCCGCCACCGCUUCCGCCCAGCCGACGCCCGGCGACAGCGCGAAUCCUUCGCCGAACAACAACGCGACCGCUACCUCGCCGACCGCCGAAAUCGAUACCGGCGGCCGCAAGUCUAACCGCUCGAGCCGGACGGCCGGCGCGUCCCCGACAACGGGGGGGGUGGGCGGGGCGUGGGGGGACAGGGAGGGCGGGGGGGGCAUGGGAGCGGAGGCGGCGGCGCAGGCGUUUACGGAGGAGGCGGAGCUGGAGGCCCUGCAGAUCGACAAGAACGACCUCAAGCUCGUGUUCGGGCGGCCGUUCGCGAGAGGGAAGUCCUCGGAGGUGUAUCAGGUCACCCACGCCGGCAAGAACCGAGCCGCCAAGAUCAUCGACCUCUUCUCGCUGGGCGUCGUGGGCGAGGAGGUGACUCGCCUCUACGCGUCCUUCGCGCAAGAGCUAAGGGCGAUGAAGGGCAUCCGCCACGACUGUGUGGCGGCCGUUUACGGCGCGGUUGCGACGCCAUCAGAGCUGACGAUCGUGACGGACCUGGUGAAGAGAGGGCCGCUGAGGACACUCCUCACCGACAAGAAGAAACGAGAGAGUCUCACGCCCGCCAUCCGACACAAGAUCAUCAAGGACGUGGCGAGCGGCAUGGGCUACCUCUAUGAGCAGGGGCUGCAGCACCGGAACCUCCACAGCCACAACGUGCUCAUCACGAAGGAGUGGGGGGCCAAGGUGGCCGACUACGGCUUGGCGCGCACUAGCGAGGUUAUGCUGGGAGCACACGACCGUGCCAAGACCAAGUCUAAGUCCCGGUCGCGGCCGCCGGCCCCCAAAGUCGGCGCCCUUCGGUGGAUGGCGCCGGAGCUGUUGCAGGCGUCCACAGACGGAUCUGUCGACUUGUUCACGGAGGCUAGCGACGUCUACAGCGUCGGAGUGAUCGCCUGGGAAGUGCUGUGUGGCGGGUCCAAGCUGCCGUACGAUGGCAUUGCCGACGACAAGGUGAAGUCGAUGAUAAUCGAAGGGAGCACGCCCCCGGUUUCGAUGGAGACUCCUAUCGUCUAUAAUAAGCUCAUGCUGCUGUGCUGGAGAAAGAACCCGUUAUCGCGGCCUUCGUUCUCGCACAUGGCCUCAGUACUUCUCAGGGACCCCCCACCGGUUGGUAAGGCUUCGCCACGACUACCGGCAUCGUCAUCGUCCUGACCUCAAAAGAGAGGAGAAUUCGUACCAUAGCACCUCCGCCUGUCUGUCGAGAGAGAGUUUGACUGCGUUUUUUCUUCCUCUUUUUUUAAGGCGAGCCAUUUCGACUUGAUGAUGAAAAGGGGAAUAAGUAACAUAGUACCUCAGCCUGCCUGCUGCCGAGAGUUUGAUUGCGUUUUUUUCGUUCUUUUUUUAAGACGAGUCAUUUCGACUCGUGGUUGGUCUGGGAGAGUGUUGUACCGGUCGAUAUCUAUGCUGUAGGUGUACUUGUAUGCGAAGAGAGGCGCGGGUUUUUUUCUGUCGUGUUUUCGUCCAUGUCUUUUUCUUAAUAGUAAUAUAGCAGGAGCGUUUUUCGUUCUUUCUUCGUAUGGGUGCUUUUGCAACAUGUGAGGACGACGAAGCGUCCCUUUUUGGGGUCGGGGGGGGGGUGGGGGAUUUUUUUUGCGGUGCAUGGCGGCAACAAAUCGCCUCUCUCGCUUGGAGAUUUACAGUGGAUGAUGAUGGCCACGAAGACGUUGCUUUCUGUGCUGCUGAAAAAAAUGGUUUCCAGGAACAACAACGGAAAAUAUCAGAGGGUCGGAAAUCUUCGUACGAAGAGGGCAUACAUGACAGUCUUUCGGCCUCAUUCGCGUGAGCGGAACUAGGGGGGUGGGGUGGUAGACACCAGUCGUGUGGCCCCCUCGAUGUCGGCAGCGUUCAUGCGUGAUGCAUUAAGGUUGCAGUGGCGCCCGCCCGCCUACCCAGACCUCGUUUCGAAGAAAUGGGUCGGGAUGAGAUGGUUUCGUGAGUAUUUCCGGCCCGGAAAUACCGUACCAUAUUGUUCGUUGACGGGCCGAUAGUUAUUUGUUGCUGAGUGCAAACUGUAGCGGCGUGGAACAUGAGCGUUGAUCGGCACGCGCGCGCCUCCCUUUUUGAUCACCUGCUGGGAUUUUCGGUUGUCGUUUUUUUUUUUAUGCUUUGUCUGUGGUGGGUUCGAGUUGUGCGUAGUGGAACGGCUUGUACUCUGGGGCAUUUCUAGAAGGGUAACAUGGGUGAAAAUCCGUUGUUGCCCGGGGGGGGCGGAGGGACGUUGUUUGCUUUGGGUUUACCUACCGCGUAGGCUGUUGCCUCGCGAGUUCUCGUCUCCCGUUUCAUUUAUAUGCUCUC